UCGCAAGUUGUGCCGCGCAGAGUCUAAUGUCGUUAUAAUCUGAUAAUAGUAAUGUUGUAUGAUGUGUCUGGGAAAAAGAAGCGGGACUGCGAAAACAAAUGUAGAAAUCGAGUACAGUAAAUCAGCGGGGAAGAUCUUGUCAGGGAGAGAUCCAAGAGCCAUGUAUUUGUUAGGCUGGGGUGAAAGAGAGAGCAGGAGGAGGGAGAGAGAGUGCGAGAGAGAGCGAGAGAGAGUAGUUCGGCUAUUUGGAAGGCUGCUGCAUAGUUUGGCAUGUUUGCCAUGGACUCCCCUUGUGGAUGGUUGAUGUGGAUAUAUCAUGGCUGUUGUCAUUCUCUCGAGUUCACAAGCCGACGCCACGUGGAGCGUCGAUGUUGCCGCAAUGAUCUGGGACAAGUGCCGCACUGACGGUGGAGGUACACUUGCAAGGCUAGGCGGACAGCUCACAGACCUCAUCAUUUAUGUCUAUUACGGCGAUGAUGACGAGAAGAACGAGGGUAAUCAUGGCUAUGGAGAAAGUCUUGAGACUAACGAUGACAAAAGUGAUGGGAAGAAGGAAGACGGCGUCCGCAGCGGAAAGGGAGCAGCAGUGUUCUGCGCAUCGCACGUGUGCAAAACGAUGGAAGAGAAGAGUAAUGGCGCCGGGAGCACCAAUGUCUGCAGCAGGGGGGGGCCGUCGCCUGUGCGACCUGCUGUACCCAGUUCGCCGUUGCCGUCUGGCGCUGCUGCUGCCUCUUCGAAGCGCGCUCGGGCUUUUGUUACACGUGCGCCGGUUGUCCGAAUCCAACUGAAGAAAGAUGGUCUCCAGCAGAUCAACGGCGACAAAACAAUCGCGCCUAUCCUCGGGCAGCACAUUUCGAAGAGACGUUGCGUGCGAGCGGCAGAGGCAGCGGAUGCGGCUGCCAUUGGGAAUGGAGAAAAGGGAGGAUGGAUGGGUAGAGCAGCGGACGCCUCGAGCUUGCCGAUCGAGGGGUCAGGAAAGGAUGGAGACGAUAAUGACUGCUGUCUCAAGUUUCCCGAGCGAGGAGGAGGAGGAGGAGGAGGAGGAGGAGGAGGUGUGCAAGAAGACGUAGGCAGAGGGAAAGGGGCCACUGUGCUUUCCAGGAAACGCACUUCAACAACGUUGGAAGAAGGCGCACAUGAAUUUACUGAGCUGGAAUGUAUCGAGGGCACACUGAAGAGGCACUGCCGCGCAAUACCGGCAGAGAAGGAAAUGCCAUUGGCGGCAUCCGACGAUGGGGACGGCGACGAUGAAAGUGGGGGCGAUCGUGGACGUGGAGGCAGCGGCGAUCAGCCUCGUGGCAAUGCGGCGGCGGAGGGGGGGUAUCGCUUUCCGCAGGUGAAUGGUGGGGCCGCUGAUGUUCCGCGAUCGGCUGGAGCAAUAAAGAGACAUUUGCCGCUGCUACUGAAUGGAAGUGGACCUGUCGAGAGUGGGAGAGUUCCAGGAAGGCAAUCGGGGUUGAGUAGGGCUAUGGAGUCCCCGAAGAAGGGGAGUAAUACGAUGGGAGGGGAGGGGUUCAGUGUUGGUUACAGGAGGAUGAAGGUUGUGCGGUCGUCGCCGGAGAGCGGGGGCAUGGCAAAUGGCGGGAGUCGUGCCCUGGAGAGACGGGACCAGCCUGGCAACGGGAAUGGCGGGAAAGCAUCUGUAUCUGGUCAGCUUGGCAAUCAAGGAGGGGACAUGAUAGAGUCACUUAGGGAGGGAGGAGGAGGAGGAGCAGUAGAAGUAGUGAGAGCCGGCGAUGGCGGAGGAGAAGCCGUUGCAGCAGACGGUCAUCCCGAGGAACGAGUAGAAAAGCCCGGGGUGGCAGCGGUUGAGAGAGGAGGAGGCUCUGCUGCUGCCGCUUCCCCCCCUCCCCCUAUAGUCGCUUAUUCAUCGAGUACCUCAGAAGAGUGCCCUGGAACAAGUGGUGGUGAUGAUGAUAAUCAAGGGCCAAGGGGGGCAAUUGAAUCAAUCGAACGAGGGGGGCAGUGGGAACAGAUAGAGAAGCGGAAGUCGUCGGGGAAAGUUCGCGCGCAAUGGGCGGAGCAACGGAAGGAGAGGGAGUGCAAGAGCGGGGAUGCGCAAGCCGGGCUGCGGCCUGAUCAGCGAAAACGGGAGAACAAUGCUGGGGGGAGGGCAGCGCAGCAGUGUACGGGGGAGAAGUUUAGCAGCAAAGAAGCGAAAACUAGCGGCGGAAGUGAAAGAGGCGGGGCUCGAUUCUGUGAUGGGGGACACGGCGCUGGACGGGGAGGUGCGCAGCGGGUUGCGCGGGCGACGAUGUUUGCCAGCAAAGGAAGAGGAGAAGGAGAGAGGGUAGUAAACGAUGCUGCUGCUGCUGCUGCUGCUGCUGCUGGGGGGGGGGGGGGGGGAGCAGCGACAGAGGGAGGAGAAGGGGGGGGGACGAGACACAGAAUGCCAGGACGUGCUGCUGCUGUUCGGAUCUAUCAUGGGGUUACGGCGAGGCCGUGGGGAUUCAUGGCCGAGCUGAGAGACCCGGAUUGUCGUCAGAAGACGAUUUCGUUGGGGUGUUUCCAGUGUUCGGAGGAGGCGGCUAGAGCGUACGACAGAGCAGUGAGAAAGAGCGGAAGUAAACUUCCGCUUAACUUCCCAGACGCUCCUGCCACUCCAGCGGUCAAGAAGAAGGUGGUUUUCGUGCUUGCGGGAGAGACCGUGGCGGAAUGGAACGGCGAAAUGAAGCUCGAUGACAAUGAGAAUGAUGGGGGAUUGAGGAGAAGAAGGGAGGGGAGAGGCGUAGAGAGAGGAAAGAGGGUGGUGGGCGGGGAAGACUCGUCGGGGGGGGAAAGAGGGUCGUCGGGCGCACAAGACGAACUUGGACGACGAGCAGUUACUGUCGUAGUAGAGAGUUUAAGUGAUCCUGAGCGGCAGGAUUUGCCAGGUAGAGGCAAAGGACCUCUGCCAGCGGGCAAAUCGCCGGUCCAGGCGCGGGACAAGAGCGGGUCAACUUGCGUUGUAGUAUCCUUGGAAGGCGAACUGAACUCAGAUGAAGAAGAUGUUCCAGGGCGAGGAGGCUGUGAUCCUGGGUCCCGCGAGAGAAGGCAUGGAGAGAGGAGACAAGGAGUCUUGAGUUUCACGAAGAGGAAGGAGGGCGAAGCUCGCGCGAUAAAGGCUGCCGCUGCUGCGGCCGCCGCCGCCGCGGGAACUUGUAGAACGAACACUGCUGCUGCUGCAUCGACAUCGGCGGAGAAGGACGAUGGAGACGGUGUUGGAAACUCGGAAAACGAUAUGGUAAUGAACUGGGGAGGGCACAGGAGGAAAAGACAAGCCAGGAGCGGGAGGAGGGUAUGGAUUGCACCUGGUCUACAUCGGGACCAGAUUGAAGAGGAUGGAAUGGCGAAGAAGAAUGAUCUGGAGAUACGGCCGGGUGAUGCGGGGGGAGAGGGACAUGGCAGCGACAAGAGAACUGCGGCGGCGGCGGCGGCGGCGGCGGCGGCAAAGACACCCCCCAGGCUGGGAGAGGUGGAAAGGAGGGGGGCGGUUGGAGUAUAUUCUGCCGAGGAGGAUGCUGCUACUGACGCGAGGAGAGGGGCAGGUAGCGUCGACCGUUGCGGGGCGGACGAUAAGACUCUUUCUGCUCCUGACGGCUCGUUGUCUGCUCGCAGAUUGGAGGACAGCGGUUGUGAGGACAUCGUCGAGAAGGAGGAGAACGUGAAACAGGUCGAACGGCAAGCGAAGAGAUCUCCGCCGCCAGCUCGGCCGUCUACGAGAUCUGCUCCUGCUGCUGAUCACAAUGAAGCCGACGACCGUGAGGGAGGAAGAGACGCGAGGGGGCAUGAAGGCGAAAACAGGGAGGGUGCUGUUGUGUCCCGGAGAGUGGAGGGGGGGGUACAUGGAGCGGGCGGACAGGAGCGCAUCAGACUCGAGGAGGCGCUACAGGAGCGCAGAGUGGAGGAGGGGGUACAGCGAGCGGGCGGACAGGAGCGCAGCAGAGUGAAGGAGGGGGUACAGCAAGUGGACGGGCAGGAGCGCGGGGAGCCGUUGCCCUUGGCUUCCGCCGGUAAAGCGCAAACUGCUGGAGGCGGUGGAGAACAACCGUCAGCAGCAGAAGUAGAGGGUCCCAAGAAAGACGAAGUUGAGGUAAUCCGAGCGAGUGAACUGGACCGUAGAGAUGGAGAUGUGGGGAUGGAGGAGGGGAGUGGAAUGACAGCCCUCCCAAGCGACCGUCCUUGCUCUGCGAACGUUGUAACGAGUGGGCACAAGAAGGCAGGUGAGGUGGCGCUUGUGAAAAUGAACAGAGAGUGGCGGCCGUUGGGUAAGGAUAAGGAUGCCGGAAAAGAGAGUGAAAAGAGUGCUAUCCUGACGCCGAACCAUUGCCGUAGCAUGGGCGGUGGAGCACAAUGUGGAGUCGAACGAAGAGAGGGGUUGGUGGGGACGGAGGAGCAGCAGGCGGAUGCAAGAUCAGCCAGAAAGGUGUCAUUGUUGCCUGUUGUUGGGAGUCCCACAAGCUCAUCGGAGGCUUCUCAGCAGCAACAGCAGUUCCGAGAGGGGGGAGAAGAUCAGGAGAAGGUCGGAGAGGAAGGCCGAAUGUGCUCGAAACAGCAGCCCGCGGGCAGAGCCCGAUGGCGAAGGUUUCCUCAGGGGGAACAGGUGCUCGAUUACGACGGGGCGAAGAGGGCUGGAGGAGAGAAAUCCGUGGUACCGCCAUCCUCUGCAAUAAGAAAGGCAGCGCUUCUCGGGGAUUUGCAGCAAUCUGAUGCGCCCCUGAGACGGGAUGCGGUUUUGCCGAUUUCGGUGGCCGGCUCUCCAGCCGUCGUCAGCGGGCGGCCACAGUCAACGGGGUCAGACGUGGAGCCUUCCGGAGGAGAGGUGGUGAUCGGCCAGUCGGUCAACGGCAACAAGCAUGAGCAGAAACAACUGGACAAGGACGAACCGAAGGCGGAGCAUCAAGUGAAAUCGAUUGCGGAGAAGGAGCAGAAGGGGAAUUUGGGAGCAGAGAAAAACGUACACACGGACAGCAGCAGCAAAGUGAACGAGGAGGAGCAAGAAGUUAAACCUUUUGUGCACCGGCUACCGCCCAGCAGCAACGGGCGUUCAUCAGUGGAAAUGGCAGCGACCGUCCCGGCAGUGAAUGCCAUCAUCGUUAAGCAGGAGCCUAUUGAGAUUCCAGAGCCGACAACGACCAUGACAACGAUGACGCCCACCACAACGGCCACAACCAGUGUUUGUUCGCCUGUAAAGCAGUCUGUCAAAGUCGAAGUUGUGGAAGCAGAACAGCACCUGUCUUCAUUCCGUCCUCAGGAGCGGGUAGAUUUACAGCCGGCAGAAAUUUUGGGCAAAUGGGUAUCUUCAAAUGGCACGGUGUUGUCUUCCUCGGAGCGGUCGAUUGAAGGAGUAGGGGAGGGAGGGGUGGGUGUUUCAACGCCGGUCCUUCAACGAGCAGCUAGUGAAGGAGUGCAGCUAAGCCCUCCUCCUCCUCCUCCUCCUCCUCCUCCUCCUGGGGAGAAGGCCGUUCAUGGCCGGCACAUACUGGCUGAUGAAUCACCCUCCCGAGUUCGAUGCCCAAUCCAAGUGGUACGGACUCAAUUACAAAGUGGAGGUGGCAGUGGGGGCGGAAGUGGCGGCGCCGUUCUACACGAUGUGGCACCAUCAUCCGGCCUGUCAAAGCAGGUAUGUAGUUUUCCCGAAGAGCCUGAAGAUCGAAAGCCGGUUCUGCAUGCCACGAGGUUGGGAAAGGAGGUGGGGGCGUCACUAGAUCAAUAUGCUGAGCGCCACCAUCAAGUCAUUGCCGGGCAAAGAAGGCCAUCCCGGAGGGAUACUACUAAUAUUGCACCUGCGACCAGCGCCACUGGUGGCAGUAAAGUGCCAGUGCCCUGGCGUCAGCAGGAGCCUUUAGAGCCGGGCUUGGCAUCAAAAGACCACCUUGAAGACAAGAAGGUGGUUGUGUUGGGCCUGAAACUGGAUAUGGACACGGAAUUAGCAUUCUCUGGUGGUCGCAAGAGCUCUCCAAGUAAGGCACAGGCAAUUGUAACAUCAUGGCCAGGACCAUCCAUGCGCGGUGAGACCAGCCUAUUGCCACCUGCAAGAAAGAUGGCAGCAGCGGUGGCAGCUAAGAGCCAAAAAGAUGUGGCGAUGAAGAUGAUGCUGAAAUCCACGGAUGUUGAACAAUCACGUGAAGCAAGCGUGCAAUCGUCCCCAUUGGAUGUAGCUCUUGGCAGCAGUGGCACAGACUCUGAAAAGCAGAUGUCGGCAUCAAUGGUACAUUUGGCAAGACAGCGACAAGCGGCUGUCGUUAUCCCGAACUCAAUGAUGGCCCCACUCCAAAGAAGGUCAGGAAUGUCAUGGACUCAACAGCCAUCCCAGAAGAUUAAUCCUUCUGCUCCUGCCGAUGCAUUGCAAAAGAGACAGGUAGCUGCUUCACCUGAAUUGGCAUCGCAGGGGGCUGCCGGAGUGAUGAUGUUGAAUCACCAGGCUCAAGCUAUGGUCGAAGCAAUGGCAAGAGAGAAAGAACUGUCAGGGACUGGUACAAAAACCCGGGACGCUGGCCAGAAGUGUCAUCAGCACAGACUGCUGCCAUCUGUGGUCACAUGUCAGGCGGGGACACCUCCUCCUCCACCUCCUCCUCCACCUCCUCCAUCACCGACUCCUCCCCCCCCAUUUCCUCCUACGCAGCGUCAACAGGAAAAACUGCCUGCUGCACUGAUUUCAUCCAUUGCCACAGAGAAAACUGCGAUGCCCGAGUCGAUUGAGGUUGCCUCUUCUGCCAGUCAUUGGCCUGGUAAGGCGAAUGAACCAACUGGGAUCAUCUGUGGGUUGUCAGCUUCCACCAACAGCAAUCCGGUUAUGGGAGCAACAUUGCAAAGAGCUAGCCCUCGUGCUAACCACCAUCAGCAGCCGCCCUUCUCUCCCCAAAGGUUGGCAAAAGGAGCUAUAGCUAGGGUUUUGCAAUCUGCUCACACCCAGGUCGAUGCCUUGACAUUUGCCAGCAGUGUUGAUAACGGCCUAUUAAGCAACAGCAGCAGCCGACCAAUGGCUACUGGCAUUACGGCUGCUCCAGAAGUGACUUCGGCACGCCACAUGUCUUCUCCCCAGAUAUCUGCCAGUCGGCGGGAUCAAUCAGAAAGAGGGACAACAACGGCACACAAAAUUGGGGCUAUUGGUGGCACUAUUGGAGUUCGCACUGCCCCUGCUCUUGGUGCUGUUCCUAUACCUGGCCCUGGUGUCAGUCAUUGCCCCACGAGUGAGGUUGCCAUGGGUGUGCCUGCCAAAUCUGUGUGGGCCGGCGAAGGAGCACCCUUGAUGGUAAGCAGUGGCAGCAAUCCGACAAUCCCCAGGGAGCGGCAGAUUUUGGACCUGAUAAAUGCAGCGGCAGUGGAGAGGAUAGGAGCUAGGCAACGCCAUUAUCAGCAGCAACAGCAGCAACAGCAGCAACAGCAGCAACAGCAGCAACAGCAACAACAGCAGCGACAACAGCGACAGCAACAACAGCAGCAGCAACAGCAGCGGCUGUUGCCGAUUUCACAACUCCAGUCGCAUACUCAGCAGCAGGAAGCAUUUGCCCAGGGUGUUCUUAUCAGCAACAGUGCUGAUCGUCCGAUUUUGCAGCCUUCUGUUGUACAGAUGGUGCCGGGAGAGGACCAUCAAAUAGUGAGUAGAACGAAUGCUGGCACGGCAUCGGGAAUGUUUGUUGUUGCGGGCAUUCCGAAUGGGAAUUGUCUUCCUCCACCAGGCACAUCAGGAGCAGCAGCUGCUACGACUGCAGUGGGCAUGGUAAUGGGCCUGUCAGUUUGUGGAGUCGGGCAACAACAGCAGAGGCAGAGCCAGCAGCAGAUGACAGAGGGGCAUCAGAUGGCUAUCCACAACAUGCAGGGAGGUGUACCUCGGUGGACUACAUCAACGCAGAGAGUGCAGGCCUCUUUCCAAGAGAUAGCUGUGCUGCAAGUCCAGAGAGGCAUAUCGGCAGAAGCAGCAGCUGCAGCAGUCUGUUUCCGAGAGCAAGAGCGCGUGCAUGCCAGCCUGUCCACAAUACCCCAAACGCAAAUCCUCCUUGCGUCCUCUUUAUGUGCCACCUCUUCGCAAAUGACCGCCAUCACCCCAGCAAAUGCAACGACAGCAACUUUCACGCAACUCCAAAUGGAAACAGCGACCGCUGUCAACCAGAGCGCCACCACACUAGGCGGCACUAGUAAUGGCGUAUCCUCAGCUGUGGAGCAGUUGAUGGCGCGAACUGUCGGGCAUGGGGAGAUGAUGAGGCAGAGGAUGCAGCAGCUGCAGCAGCUGCAACAGAUGCAGCAGCAGCUGCAGCAGCAGCAGCAGAUGCAGCAACAGAUGCAGCAGUUGCACCAGCAGCAGCACCAACAACAGCAGUUGCAGCAACGGCAGGCCGCUCAGGCACGACCACGCAACCGGGCCGUAUGCGUAACUAACCAUCAAACCCCUGGCGUUCCCUCCACUGCCACAGCCAGCUUGCCGUCUAGUGUAACAAGAGUAGGCGGGACUGGUAGCAAGAGCUUCCGACCGUCGAUGGCAGCAUCAUCAGCGGCAGCUAGGAACUACGGCCAUAUUGAAAUGCACCAACAACAGCAGCAGAUGGCAUUGAUGAGUGCUAGUAAUAGCCAGUUGAUACCGGGAUCAAGCAUUCCUGCAGCUGAAGCUGCACCUGUUUUUGUUACUUGCACAGGGGGAGCUGGGGCUGUGAUGAGAGCGGCAACAACACGAGCUUUGCCAUCGAGACCAACAGACACACCUACGGUUGCAGGAGAGUUGCACACAGCCCGAGAGAUCCAGACUGCACCGAAUCUGGCUUGUGCUGACUGCGGCAGCAUUCUCGAUCAACAAAAUAUCAUCACCCCUGCCGCAGCAAGAAUGUCGACUGGUUACUCUUCUGAUAUGCUGCAGAUUGCAGCAGCUGCGUCAUUGUCAUCUCCGUCUCUAUCGCCGUCGCUGUCAUUGUCACUACCUUCAUCGUUGUUAGCACAAUCCCCGCCACCACCUCCUCCAUCACCUUCCCCACCUCUGGCUGUGGCAUCACAUGCACAGUUAAGUCCUGUGAAGCCCGUUCAAUCCCAGCCAAGAGCAGUCAUGCUUCCGUGUCAGAUGCUAUCCCGGAAGGGCUUUGAGAACGGUGCAGGGGUCAGGGGUGUUUUUAACGCCAGGCGGGCCGAGAAGCUUGAUCGUCUGAAAGUGUUCUCCAAAAUGCACGGGCUCCAUGCUCGCGCUUCUUCACAGGCUGGAAUAGGAAUGCUUACAGCUAUGGAUGGGUGCAGCGAAGAAGAUGACGAUGAUCCAGACUGCCAAAUUGUCGGGAUUUUGCUGCAGACCACCGGCUAUGAACAUCGCCUUGGUGCCUUGGCAGUUCCUGUGCACAUGCCGCGCGCCAGAAGAUCAGCACCACCCUCUGUGCUGAGAUUGCCAUCUGUUGCCAUGUCAAAGACAUCGGCGUCUGUGGCCACUCCUCUGUCUGAUUCGACAGUGCAAGGCGUGAGGAAUGCAGCAUGCCCACUUUCCGACGGCAGCGAUGUUAGGUUGGAGGAGAAUGCGGGGACAAGGGUGAAGGGCAUCACUGAUGGAGUUGCCCUAGGAAAGCGAGGCCGGAUAUUAUCAUCCGCAGUCUCAAAUUCUACCAUCGGUGCGAGCUCACUGGGAGAGGGAACAGGUGUGCAAAAGAGUGGAGAUUGUGAUGAGAUUGCACAUGUUCCCUCAGAAAGUGAGGAAAGCAUUCCUCAUCCGCCAUCACCAGCAGGAGGAGGAGAAGGGGGAGGAAGAGAAGAGAUAGAUGGACGAGGAGGAGAUGGUUUGAGAGUAGAAAGAGGAACAGCCGUAGUAGGAGGGAAAGGUGAAGAUGCUUCAGAUCCAGAUUCUGCGGCGACAAAAUCACUGUUCUCGAGAGACAUUGCCGGAGGACAUACCACCAUGGACCCGUGUGCUGACGUGGAAGCUACAGAGCCUGUAGAUAGGGAGCACGUCAUGGAGGUUCGACGCGAUGAGACCACUACCCUCAUGGAAGCAGAGCUUCCAUACUUAAAAGCCACUGCUGAGGGAGUGAUUGUUUCGAGGUUGCAGUCGGAGACAGCAGUUUUGCAUGCCCUGCCAUCUGAGAAGCAGGCGGGCUUAGCGCCUCCAUGUUUCAUUGCUGAUAGGGCGUUGCCACUUGUGCAGAGGCAAACGGUCACAGACUCUUCUUCAAGGGGGUCGGAGGCCAGUGUGCCACAAUGUGGUGUGGACGGGGAAGCAGUUUCACUACCCACCUCUGAUGAUGUGGAAGGUGUUGAUGCUGCUGCUGCUGCUUUUGAGGCACAGGCUGCUUCUGAGGCCCUCUCUAUUGGUGAGUUCAAGGAGAUAAUGGACUAUGAAGAUGAGCCUGACACCGCUGGGAACUUGCAGCUCAAUUGCGACGGAAGAAGUCUUGUCAUCCCGGAAGCAUUGCUGACUGAUACUAAAGACUCGAGGACAGGGAGAGGGCUCGACGAGGAGAUGGGAAGACUAGCAGACCGGGAGAAGGAUAGGAAGCCAGUAAGUAGUGACCUGCACUUAUCUGUGGGCAUGGGAAGCCCGGCUGGGGCUCAGGCGGGUAGCACACCUCCCAAUGCUUUAGGAUUGGAAUUGGAUCUCGAAUUAGAGCUGGGACUAGGGUUAGGGUUGGGGUUUGGGUCAGGAUUGGACAAUGACCAGUGCUCCCCCCACAAAGGUCAAGACAUGGGGGCUACAUUUUUUUGCAAUGGGGAGGGCGAGCAAAGCGAGAGGCUUAGUCCGGAUAAAGCAGCUGGCAAUAGGACAUGCGACAUGGCUGCAUGGGCGAUCGACGAGGUUGAAGCACGAGUGGAUGUGGAAAAUCGACAUGAAAGGGACAAUGAUACAGACAUCACGAUGGGCAGCAGCCAUAAUUCUCCAGUUCUCCCUCCUAUUACAGUGGAAUCGCAUUCUUCUGCAUCCAAAGAUGCGGAGGCUCGUCAUACAGAGGGGUUAAAAGACAGUGACAGAUGCAGUGAUGAAAAUGAGAAAUCAAACAAUGGCGUGACGAAUGUCGCAAUCAACCAUGACAACAAGCGAGCUACGUCAAAUGCACAUGGUGACAACAAGCUGGAUGAUGAUGUGUCUGAACCUGAAGGUGGCAAGCCUGCCCAUGAGAUUUCUGAGACAAAUGAGCCUUAUGCAAAUGGUGUAGUGCAGAGGGGUGAUGGGACUGGCGUUAUUCAUGCGAGCGAAAGCAACGGAGGAGCAGCAGAAGGCUGCACAAUGACCAAUGGAUUUCUCGCAGAUGCACAGAAGGGUCGCAAGGAGGUGCGCCCUUCCCUUAGCGAAGGACAUGAUCGCCUGCUUGUGAUGGUUGUCUCUUCACAACCAGACGAUGAAGCCAGGAGGGAAGCGAAAGGACCUGCUGACGGCGAAUGUAUCCAAUCUGAUGAAGUCCACAAUUCCCCACACAGUAGAGUGAUUCAUAAGUUAGACAGUAUCAAGUUGGCGAUCGGUAUGCCAAAUGGUUGUAAUCCACCAGAGCAGAAGCAACUGGGGCGUUGUGAGGAUGACGUGCGACAUUCUGAUGGACAUAUGACAGAACCAUUGACCAAAUCUAGUGGAGAGGACAGAUGCACUGCUAGUGAGGUGGCAGUGGAUCAGCAUGUAGGGACACCUGGCUGGACAGGAAGGAGCACCUCGUUUGAUGGCAGUGGCGAUGGCGAGCCUGCACAAGCAGCAGAGAUUGCGUCAAAGAUGAGGAUGAUGAAGGUGGACUCGUGCUGUGCAGCAGCGCACAUUGAUGACCAACAGAAGGAUCCACUCAUUAUGGAUGGUGUCACUAUUGAGGUUCUUGAAGAUGGCAACAGAACAAGUACAGGAGAGGCAUUGCAAUCGCCAGUCACGAGCCAAACAUGCGCCAACAUAGCCACUUCUAUUGACGGGAAGGAAACGGAGGAAGAGAAGGCAAAGGAGGAAACAAUGGAAGAGGAGGAGAAGAUGAGUGGGGAGGGGGAAAAGGUGGAGGUGAAAGAGAAGGCCAGUGAGGACGCUGAAGAGAAGACGGUGGACAAAGACAAGGAGGAUGUGAAUAUGGAAGAGAGGAGGAGGAAAAUCGUCAGAAACAAGGGAGCAUUAUUAGAGAACUGCAGUGAAGGGGUAGCUCUGGAGCAAGACCAAGAACUGGACGAGAAAGGAGACACGAUAGAAACACAAGAUUUGCUGUUGUCUACAGGCAUAGAGUGCACCCAUGAGCAAAAACAGGUCAUGGAGAGCAUAGAAGCUACUGACAUGAGACAAGCAAUGGAUGAGGAUGGGGAUGGGGAUGGGGAUGGUCGGGGCCAAGAAAUGGGUAGCAUAUCGAAAUGGAAGAUGGAAAGUGGAGGGACAGAGGAUGUUGUUUGGGCAGGCAGCUGGGUCAGCAACCAGACGACCACAACUCGCGGUCGAGGUGGUUGGCUGCUAGAAGAGCUGGAGGAAGAGGAUGAUGACGUAAAUGCCCCUGGCAGUGUCUUAAGACGAUGGGCGGAUGGUUUGCUCGAUGAUAGGUUGCCAGAGAAGCCUUGUCGAGCCAUGUCUCUUACACCUGCCGAGGCAAUGGACAAGGAGGAAAUAGGUGUCCACUCUACCACAAUUGCCGAUACCACGAGCCUCGCUGCGGUUAGUGGUGAAGAAGUUGUUCAGAGGACCAUUGAGGUAGUGAGGGAAGCAGAUGCAGGGGCAAUGGAAUUGGAUACAAGGGUCGUUGAGGUAGCAAGCGAAGCCGAUGCAGGAACAACAGAAGUGGAUUCAAGGGGUGCAAAGGCCGGAGGAGUGAGGGGAAGUGUAGAAUGGGAAGAAGGGGCUGGCAAACAAGGAUCACCAUCCAAAGCAGCGGGAAGGGAAGAAGGAGAAGUUGAGGGAGGAAGCGUAGAGGGAAUUCAAACUAGCACAACAGGAGGUCCUCCUGCCCUCUGUCACAAAGAGUCAUUGGGAAGUCAAAUCAGUGGGAAGAACGACGAGGAGACAGUGACUCUACCCAAGAGUGUGCUAACAGUUGAUACCGUUCAUACUGCUACGGUUCAGGACAAGAGGGAGAAACCGGAUGCCGCGGAAGCAACUAGCAGUGGGAUGAAUCCCAAUGCGAGUGGGUGUACAGGAGAGUCUAUCGUUGUGGAGGGGAGAGGCGUUGAGAAGGAGAAUAGAGGAGAUGGAUCUAGACAAGAGCACGAAGAAGGAUUGAAGGAAGCCAUAGGAGUCGUGAGUUCUGGGGAGGGAAGACAGGAGACCCGCAGCCAAACGGGGAGCAGGGAGGGGCGUGAGAGGGAGACUACCUGUCUUUUCUUAAGAGCGAGUAAGGAAGAUCUCCGGGCCGUGACCACGUGCAAGAACGAUCCGCUGGAGGUUCUUUUCCAAGCCUACGUGGACACGUUCACCCGCGAUGGGAUCAGUCCCUUCGAUAACUGUCCAAUAGAGGGAGCAAUUCGAGUUGACGACUUGUUUUUCAUGCACAAAGGUAGGGUCCUAGAGCCGGACACGUCCGCUGCCAAGCUACAGCUAGAAAGUGGUGACAUAAUUGAGGUUUUUUUGAACUGAGAAUCUUGCACGAGGAGAUUCAUUGCCUACAUCUGAUGGAUGGAUUUCAAAUCUUAGAUUGCUAAUCCCAUUCUUCCCCCAGGAUUGUCAUUCUUUUUUUCCUUUGUUCUUUGUUGAGACUCUCGAGUCAGCCACCCUUUUCUCCCCCCGUCAUCUGCAUUCUUUGCUGGAGAGCUCGUUGUGUAGUCGACGUAGCAUGUGCACACCAUAGUUGACUUGCAGUGAGCUCACGAAACCUGUGCAUGCGAGUAAAGCUCGUCCGUGCCG